GUUUGUACCAUGCGGCUACCCGUCCGCAUCCGAAUCUAGCCCGGGAAAUAAGAGUGGGAAGAACGGGGUUCGCGCCGGCGCGGACUCGCAGUUAGCCAACUUCAGACUUCCCCGGGCCCGGCAAGAUGUGCUCCCUGGGGUUGUUCCCUCCGCCGCCGUCGAGGGGUCAAGUCACCCUAUACGAGCACAAUAACGAGCUGGUGACAGGCAAUAGCUAUGAGAGCCCGCCUCCCGACUUCCGGGGCCAGUGGAUCAACCUUCCGGUCCUACACCUGGCUAAGGAUCCUCUGAAGACUCCUGGGAGGCUGGACCAUGGCACAAGAACGGCUUUCAUUCACCACCGGGAGCGAGUCUGGAAGAGAUGCAUUAACAGUUGGCGUGAUGUGGGCCUUUUUGGGGUGCUGAAUGAAAUUGCAAACUCAGAGGAAGAAGUGUUUGAGUGGGUGAAGAUGGCAUCCAGCUGGGCACUGGCACUUUAUCGAUGGGCCUCCUCCCUCCAUGGGUCCCUAUUUCCCCAUUUGUCUCUUAGGAGCGAAGAUCUGAUUGCUGAAUUUGCCCAAGUCACAAAUUGGAACCACUGCUGCUUGCGGGUCUUUGCAUGGCAUCCCCACACCAACAAGUUUGCAGUGGCACUGCUAGAUGACUCAAUCCGUGUGUAUAAUGCCAACAGCACUAUAGUCCCCUCCUUGAAGCACCGGCUGCAGCGAAAUGUGGCAGCUCUAGCCUGGAAGCCCCUCAGUGCCUCUGUCUUGGCUGUGGCCUGCCAGAGCUGCAUUCUCAUCUGGACCCUGGAUCCUACCUCCUUAUCUACACGACCCUCUUCUGGUUGUGCCCAAGUGCUCUCUCACCCUGGGCACACACCUGUCACCAGCUUGGCCUGGGCCCCCAGCGGGGGCCGGCUGCUCUCAGCUUCACCUGUGGAUGCUGCUGUCCUCGUGUGGGAUGUCUCAACAGAGACCUGUGUUCCCCUUCCCUGGUUCCGAGGAGGUGGGGUUACCAACCUGCUCUGGUCCCCAGAUGGCAGCAAGGUCCUGGCUACCACCCCGUCAGCUGUCUUUCGAGUCUGGGAGGCCCAGAUGUGGACCUGUGAGAGGUGGCCUACGCUGUCGGGGCGCUGUCAGACUGGCUGCUGGAGCCCAGAUGGAAGCCGACUGCUGUUCACUGUAUUGGGAGAACCACUGAUUUACUCCUUGUCAUUUCCAGAACGUUGUGGUGAGGGAAAGGGGUGUGUUGGAGGUGCGAAGUCAGCAACAAUUGUGGCAGAUCUGUCUGAGACAACAGUACAGACACCAGAUGGAGAGAGGAGACUUGGGGGAGAGGCACACUCCAUGGUCUGGGACCCCAGCGGGGAGCGUCUGGCUGUGCUCAUGAAAGGAAAUCCACGGGUACAGGGUGGUAAACCAGUCAUCCUCCUUUUUCGCACUCGUAACAGCCCUGUGUUUGAGCUACUUCCCUGUGGCAUUAUCCAGGGGGAGCCAGGAGCUCAUGCCCAGCAUAUCACUUUCCAUCCUUCCUUCAACAAAGGGGCCCUGCUCAGCGUGUGCUGGUCCACCGGCCGAAUUGCCCACAUCCCUCUGUACUUUGUCAAUGCACAGUUUCCACGGUUUAGCCCAGUGCUUGGCUGGUCCCGGGAUCCCCCAGUUGGGGGCGGAGGCUCUAUUCAUGACCUGCCCCUCUUUACCGAGACAUCUCCAACCUCUGCCCCUUGGGACUCUCUCCCAGGGCCACUGCCUGCUCCGUCCCACUCCCACCCCUAAUAAACUUUCAUUGUUUUUCAUUCAAUUACCAGACCUCUGUGUUUUCAGGGAGUUGGCAGUGGCUAUUUUUUUAUGUUAGUUGCCGUCAGCUUCGACUCAUGGAGACUCCGUAUGUGCAGAGUACUGCUCCAUAGGGUUUUCGAGGUUGUGACUUUCAGAAGCUGACUGCCAGACCUGUCUCCCAAGGUGCCUCUGGGUGGGUUUGAACAAGGCUUCCACUCAUAGUUGAGUUCUUAAUCAUUUGGGCUACCCAGGGGCUCCGCAAUAGGGUGUAAUGGAGGAAAUUUUUAAAAGCAUGGUUUUUGGGUCAAGAUCCUGGCUCUGUCCCUUUUUAGCCACUUUUUUAAAUCAAUUUGGUCUACCUAUAAAUUUUUAAAAUUUUUAUUGUAGUAAAUGUAUCAAACCAUUCACCAAUGUAGCCAUUUUUACACAGUUCAGUGACAUUAAUUACCUUCAUGUUGUGUGACCAUCACCACAAUCUGUUUCCAAAUUUUUCAUCACUCUUAAACUCAUUACUCCUUAAUACUUUUCCAGUUAACCCCUUCCACCUGUCACCAGUAACCACUAAUAAACUCUCGUCUUUAUGUACUUGCCUAUGCUAGUUAUUUCAUGUAAGUGUGAUCAUACACAACAUUUGUCCUUUUGUGUUUGACUAAUUUCACUUAGUAUGUUUUCAAGGUUCAUUCAUGCCAUAGCAUGUAUCAGAAGUUCAUUUCUCUUCAUGGCUGUGUGAAUAUACCACAUUUUGUUUAUCUGUUCAUCUAUUGAUGGACUCUUGGGUUGUUUCUGCCCAUAAAUUCUUGAGGCCAUUGCUCUCCUGAUUCCUAGCUGAGACUCAGCAGAUGCCUUGGUCUUUGAACGAGGACAGCAUGGUUCAGAAAACAUCGUGAGGGAAGUACCUAACCUAGCAAAUACCUGACACAUAAUAGAUCUUUAACUUUUCUCACGUUUGAGCAAGUUCCCAGAAUGGUGUAGGGCAAUGAUGAGGCAAGGACUUGAUCAGUAUGAGA